AUGCAACUAUAAAAACGAUAGGAAGGGCCAAAGACCUUAGCAAUUCAACCGGCACUCAACCUCUCAAGCUUCUUCAACAAGACACAUUACAAUUCCUCAAUUUUUAUUACAACAUGGCUGCCGCAGCAGUUCAGACUUACACUCCCGCAUCCUACGACCACCGCGCCGUUGAUGCUAUGACGGACGUCGACGUGGCCGCCCAGCGACUCCAGGAGCUCAAUGGUCUGGAUCACAUGAAGUCCUGCAUCAGAGACGUCUUCAUGAAGCACGGCGUUGAUAAGGUAUUCGGUGUUGGUCUCCUCCACCGUCAUUACGACGUUGCUCCCAACGAGAAGAUCAUCGAGCUUGGCCCGGUCUCCUCUCCCUGGGUCGUAGGUGACGACGAAGCCAUCACUGGUGGCUCAGUCCUCCCUCACACAUGGCGCGUCUUCGAUGGCGAGCUCAAGCCUACCGAGUUCAAGUUCGUGCCACAGCGUGAGCUCUCCAAGGUCGAUCGGCCAGUCUUCCCAGCUGCCUUUGUUAAAGAGCUUAUCGGCGUGCUGCAAGAUACAGGCCUCGAUGAGGUUCUGGGUGUGAGCCUGUAUGAGGCUGGCGACCCUGAUAACGAGACCAUGGAGGUGACGUACGGCCGCAGCAGCAUCGUCAUUCCUUCUACAGGUCUUAUCGGCUCCAAGGUCAUUGGCCCACAGGGCUUUGACGCAUUCCAAGCGGCCUGGACUUUCAGCAAGAAGGAGGGCGAGGAUAUUGUUGCCCACCAUGGCAUCUGCGCUGCCAUGGGUGUUGACGAUGGAGUCACAGCGCGACAUGGGAUCUGUGCCGCAAAGGCUGCUGAUGACGGGAUCACCGCUCGCCAUGGUAUCUGCGCUGCCAAGAUGAACGAUGGUGUCAAAGCUCUACACGGUAUCUGCGCAGCUAAAGCUGAGCAUGGCUUCGAGGCCCGUCAUGGCAUUUGCGCAGCAAAAGCCAGUGAAGGUGUUAACUCUCGACAUGGUAUCUGUGCUGCUAAAUCUGCUGAUGAUGGCCUCAAAGCUCAUCAUGGUAUCUGCGCUGUAAAAGCCAGUGCUGACGGAGUUACUUCUCGUCACGGUAUCUGCGCUGCCAAAGCGGCUGAUGACGGAAUGACAGCUCGUCACGGCAUCUGCGCGGCAAAAGCCGACGACGGUUUCACAGCACGGCACGGUAUCUGUGCUGUUAAAGCUCCUGAGGAAGGGUUAAAGGCUCGCCACGGUAUUUGCGCCGCCAAGGCCGCUGACGAAGGAUUCACGGCUCGUCAUGGCAUUUGCGCUGUAAAGGCUGCUGAGGGCUUCAAGACCUACCACGGUAUCUGUGCUGCCAGGUCUGCGGAGGAUGGCAUCAAGGCUAAGCAUGGAAUUUGCGUCGCCAAGGUUGCCGAUGAGGGUAUGACAGCUCGCCAUGGUAUUUGCGCCGCACGUCUUGCUAAUGGGGAUGGAAUCAAGUCUUAGAAUAGUGGUCAUAUCAUCUUUUCCUAUUGCAAUAGCGUAUGAUAGGGAGGAGUGAGCCGAGCAUAAACGAUUACUGCCUGUUUAAGAAGCACAUGUAGAGAGAUAGUCGUUCACAGAACUUUCAUUCAUUCUAAAUAAAACCACAAGUCCUCGAACGUUUCCUCA